GCUAAGACGUGCAGAGCGAGCGGAAUAACGAUGGUCAUGGACUGUUCUAUCCUCAGGUUAUCCUCGAUGGGCUAACGACAACUUUAUAUACAUGUCAACGGCGACAAGUACUGAUGACUGGUGUCUUCAUGUUCCGACUUGGAACCAUACUUCGUUUAGUUACCACGUCAUCUUCAUGGCAGGCUAAUUCUGCUUCUCCUGAAUGGUAUGGGAGGCUUAGAUGAUGAGGUGCCGCCUUCAACUACCCACCCGUGCGCCAGACUGGACUCACUGGAGACGACUUGCUUUCUUUUCCGUCUGUCUGUUGCUCCAGGAACACGUCUGCCCCCUAUGGGCCUCCGUUUCCAUGAGCGGUGAAGACCCCAACGCCGAGAGGAGAAACCAGACACGAUAUGGGCCAUAUGGGGAUCGGAUGGAUCCUCAACGAGGCGAGGUUCGGGCUUCAUCGUCCAAGUUCCUCAAUAGGACAGGCAUGAACAUGGCAGCUAGCGACUUGGUCGUGUGCCCACCUUCCUUGUGCCUUGAUCUCGGGGUCCUGAGUCCUUACUUCCUUGAGGCUGUACCCCGAGCUAAUACACCAAAACCGGUGACAUCAAAGGGUGCCACCAUGGGUACCUGGCGCCUGGCUACCGUCCAACGGCUGGAGAAGAGAAGGCACCGACCGGCGCCACUGUCAGAAUCGCCAUGGUGGUGUGAUAGGUUGCCUGCCACUAGUCCAAGUCGCCAUGCACCCCAAAGAUGUAACGGGCAAGUUGAACACGAAGAGAAAACGACAUCGACAUAUCCUUCACCGCGUCCGUGGAGAUGUUGGCGUCAUUCUUACAAGAUAGCAACCAUCGUGCCCUACGAUGCACGGUCAGCACAGAAGAAUCGAGGAGGGUCCAAUAUCUGCCAAGAGAGGCUUAACUUCUUAAGCCCUCUUAGCCCUACGGCGACGGGCCCCAAUAGCGCGAAGAGUUAUUUAUAAGUUUGAACUCUGAAACACGAUUCUUCUGCACCCCGAUUUGGAUAAUCUGGAUUUCCUUUCCUCGGUAGACCAAUGGGUCUUGGAUGAGCUGCAUCAAACACGUUACUUGCAUGUGUACACAGCCACGACGGACACCGCAGAGACGGACGACGGGGCAUGUCCUGCCAAGAUGCCGCUAGUUUUGUCACCAUACCGGGAUCAUUUUACCUAAAGAAGUAAUACAUUUGUUUCUCUUG